AUGGUUGCCGAGUUCAGUGUCUACUGUGCCCUGUGCUCCUGCUGCCUCCAGCAUCACUGCGACAUUGGAAUUACCAGUCCGCGUCACCUGGCGAUCCGACGCGCACGGGUCGCAAGAAGAACGUACUCCAGACGCCGCGGCGAACUCUACUACGAAACAGACGACGAGUCAGAAGAAGAAAAGGCAGCCCGCUUAGAGGCGCUGCCGUGGUUCCGCGAGGCAGCGCAGGCGGACAACGGCUUGGAUACCCACUCUAUUGCGGAUGUUGAGGAUGACCCCAGUUAUGAUCCCGACCUUGUUACUGGGUCGGAGCUGACCUGGUUGAGUGAUGUCGUUGCGCUGGGGAUUGCGCAUCGGGAACCCGGCCCUGAUAGAUAUUUCUUUAGCGAAUGUUUCUACUAUGAUCGGAAUGUGGUGUACACGAACCAAGACUAUGGAACCCGAUAUUUCGCCUACGGCGUCUCCGACUUAGCCGACCCUCCAGUCUUCCCAAUGCACGCUGAGUGCCUAGACAUCCUAAGCCGAGCCAUUUUCGGCGUUGUCGAUGUGUCUAGAAUACAAAAAGGGAUUCUUUACGACGUGAUGCACCACUUAUCCGACUUCUGCCGGCUCGAUCUAGAAUAUGGAGACAUUACUGGCGCGGAUCAAGAUUGGCAGUGCGUUCCUGGGGAAGAGUACACCGUAACCUGUCCUACAGGCACCCUUGACCUAGCCAAGCAACUUCGCACCGACUUUUUAACCUCCGUACCCGAAGCUCAGCCACCAUUAGACCUCAGCAGCAAAGUGAUCAGGGACCCGUUCGGGAACCUUCCAUAUGAGAUGAUCCAUCACAUCCUGGACUACCUCCCCGGAGAAGCCAUAUUCGCACUAAGCAAAGCAUCCUGGACGAUCCACACGCGGACAUCAAACAACCCGUUCUGGAAACGGCGCCUUUUCCGCGAUAUGCCUUGGUUCUGGGAGCUACAGACCUAUCUCGCGGAGUCUCAUGAUGGAACCCGUGACUACAAGGCCUUGUACCUGUGGCUGGAGAAGCGGACGAAGCCGAUGUAUGCUAUGAGCGGGCCGUUUAUGGGGGUGGCUAAUCGGAGACGCAUUUGGGGUCCCUGUGCGGAGCUUGCGGAGCGAUAUCGUGAUCGCCUACGCGCCAAGGGUGAGGGGGGAAUGCCGUUAUCUGAGCAAUAG